AUGCCGUGCCGCAUUUGUGAUGGCUAUGGCCAUUACACCCACGCGUGUCCAAGUGAAAGAAUGAGCCGUGUAACAUGCUACACUUGUGGACUUAGAGGACAGUACAUCGCUUCUUGCCCGACGACCCACCCCACUCCAUCUUCUUCAUCAGGGACUUCAACCAGUGCAAGAGCAAGGAGAUCCCCUAGACCUAGGAGAGGUCGGAACUCGGGCCAUUCACGCAACCCCAACCCCAAACUCCACAUCCAGAAGAAGCAGAGGUUCAGAACCAACACAACGGUCGAGGCAGAAUUCAAAUGGAACGACGAAAAUCCAAGAUGGACGAGACAAGGCGCACCGGAACAAAACUGGCCGAGGACACUCGGGUACGGACAAGGACCUGGCCGAGCCAAACAACUAAAAUCCAAAAGUUGUCAGAACGCGACGAAACUUGGAGGACAAGAAGAAGACGCCAAAACAAGCUCAACGGUCGAAGCAGAAGAAGAAACGAACGAGUAG